CCAUUGUCUGAAGAGCCUUUAGCCCAUAAUAACAAACAUAACAAUAACUGAUGCUGGAGAUCCAUCAAAACUCACAAAUCAUAGAUUGAUUGACAUCAUUUUCAUAAUCGAGUAGUUAUAACCUCUCUUUGUGUUCUAUGCUCUGUAAAAAAGUGUAAAAUUUCUUCAUUUGGCAAAUCCAAAAACAAUAUUUUAAAUUCAAGAAUGAAAAAUUUUUACGUACUAAUAUUAUGUAUCUGUACUUUAACUGUCUGUAAAAAAUUUAAAGAAGAUGAAAAACCAGAAUGGGCCAAAAAAGAUGUGCGGGACUUUACUGACGCUGAUUUAGAACAUUUAUUGGAUCAGUGGGAGGAAGAUGAAGAGCCACUACCGGAGGAUGAACUUCCGGAAUAUUUAAAACCUCAGCAACCAAUAGAUUUUAAUAAAAUUGGUUCUAGUGAUCCAGAAAAGCUCUUGCAGCUAGCUAAAAAAGGUAGAACACUAAUGACUUUUGUUAGUGUAUCGGGAAAUCCAAAAAGGGAAGAAACUGAAGAAUUAACAAAACUUUGGCAAACUAGUUUAUGGAAUAAUCAUAUUCAAGCUGAAAGGUACCUAGUGGAUGAUAAUCGUGCUAUAUUCAUGUACAAAGAUGGUUCACAGGCCUGGACAGCAAAAGAUUAUUUAAUAGAACAGGAAAAGUGUGAAAGUGUCACAAUAGAGAGCAAAGUUUAUCCAGGAAAAUAUGGAAUAAAAAGGCAUCUAGAAGAUGAAUUAUAAAAUCAUUGUUAAAUAUUAGCCAAUAAAUUUUUUCAUGUCUCUUUGUCA